CAGCCCCUAUAAAUCAACCACUGCCAUACUCAUAUGAUACCAACACAACUCUCCUCUCCUCUCUCUCUCUCUCUCUCUCUCUCUGCUUCACUUGCUUGAAGCAAUGGCCAAAGCCUUGGCAUCAGUGCUGCUGUUUCUCCUCAUAGCUGUGAGUAAUGUGUUUGCUGUAGAGCUUGAACUUGAAACUCUUCCACCCUCUUACCCUCACCCUCACCCUGUUCACUCCCCCACACCAGCACCUCUUCACCCACCAGCAAAUGCUCCUCACCCACACCACCACCACCACCACCACCACCCUCCAGCACCAGCACCAGCACCUGUUCCUUCACCUUCUCACCACAAUUACCCUCCUACCCCUGCCCCUGCUAAGCCUCCUACUCACCACCAUCACCAUCACCCUCCUGCUCCUGUUAAUCCACCUCCUGUUCCGGUUCAUCCUCCAGUUAAACCUCCUGUUCCGGUUCACCCUCCAGUUAAACCUCCUGUUCCGGUUCACCCUCCAGUUAAACCUCCUGUUCCGGCUCACCCUCCUGUUAAACCUCCGGUUGUUCCGGUUCACCCUCCUGUUAAACCUCCGGUUGUUCCGGUUCACCCCUUUCCUAGAAGCUUUGUCGCAGUUCAAGGAGUUGUUUAUGUUAAGUCCUGCAAGUAUGCUGGGGUUGACACCCUCUUGGGAGCCACACCACUACUUGGUGCCGUUGUGAAGCUCCAAUGCAACAACACCAAGUACAAGCUGGUUCAAACAAGUAAAUCUGACAAGAACGGCUACUUCUACAUUGAAGCACCAAAGAGCAUAACCACGUACGGGGCCCACAAGUGUAACGUGGUUUUGGUUAGUGCACCCUAUGGGCUUAAGGCCUCAAAUCUCCAUGGUGGUGUCACUGGUGCUCUUCUCAGGCCCGAGAAGCCUUUCUUGUCUAAGAGGCUUCCUUUUGUGCUCUACACUGUUGGGCCUCUUGCAUUUGAGCCCAAUUGCCAUUAAAUGCAAGAAAUUAUGGAUAUAUCAUAUUUCAAGUUAUUUUAAGUUAUAUGAUAGAGCUGUGUUGUCUCUAAUUUGCCUUCUUUCUGGCUUUGUUUUGUUUGUCUUCAUUUUUAUUUGUGGUUUUGCGUUUGUAGGCUCUGGGCUUGAAUUGAUCAUACACAAUAAUGAGUGACAGUACGUAUGAAAUGGAUAGUUCUAGUAUGAAAUUAAUUCUUGUGUAAAA